AUGUCUUUAAAUCUUUUAGUCCUAGGGAAUGGUGGUAGAGAACAUGCUUUGGUUUGGAAAUUAUCACAAUCUAAAACUGUAAAAAAGAUAUAUGUUGCCCCAGGCAACGGUGGUACAGCCACAAUGGAAAAUAUCGUUAACGUCCCUGAACUUGCUCCGGUUCCUGCGAAUUUCUCUAAAUUACAAACUUUUGCUCAAGAAAAGGAAAUAGAUUUGGUUAUCCCAGGUCCUGAACAGCCCUUGGUUGAUGGCAUAACUACUAUUUUUAAUAAAAUAGGUGUUCCAGUCUUUGGUCCAUCUAAAGCUGCUGCACAAUUAGAAGGUUCUAAAGUCUUUGCUAAAGAUUUCAUGAAUAAACAUAAUAUUCCAACGGCAAGAUUUUUUUCCACUACAAGUUAUGAAGAUGCCAAGAAAUAUGUUGAAGAAAUUGAUUAUCAGGUUGUCAUUAAAGCAGACGGGAUUGCUGCUGGUAAAGGUGUUCUAAUCCCAACUACAAAAGACGAAGCUCUUGAUGCUUUGAAGACUGUUAUGGUAGAGAAACAAUUCGGUAGUGCAGGUGAUGCUGUAGUCAUCGAAGAGUUCUUAGAAGGUCAAGAAAUUUCUAUUCUUACCAUAUCAGAUGGUUACUCUUACUACAGCUUACCAGCUGCACAAGAUCAUAAAAGAAUUGGUGAGAAUGACACUGGGUUAAACACUGGUGGUAUGGGUGCAUAUGCUCCAGCCCCUGUAGCCACACCAAAACUAUUGAAUGAAAUUGAUAAGACUAUCAUAAAACCAACGAUUGAUGGGUUAAGAAAGGAUGGUUUACCCUUUGUUGGUGUUCUUUUCACCGGUUUCAUUAUUACUAAAAAUGGUCCAAGAGUGCUAGAAUAUAACGUUAGGUUUGGUGAUCCAGAAACUCAAACUGUUUUACCUUUAUUAACUGAAGAUACUGAUUUGGCUCAAGUGUUCCUUGCUGCUGCUGAACAUAAAUUAGAUUCUGUUGAUAUUAAUAUCAAACAAAACUCCUUUGCCACCACUGUUGUUCUAGCUGCUGGUGGAUACCCUGAAUCUUACAAUAAAGGUGAUGAAAUCACUAUUAAUAAGUCUCAAUUACCAAACGAUUCUUACAUUUUCCAUGCUGGUACGUCUUUUGAUGAAUCUAGUAGCAGAAUAUUUACUUCUGGUGGUAGGGUAAUUGCUGCAACUGCAGUAGCUUCAACUUUGAGAGAAGCUGUAGAUCAAGCUUACAAAGCCGUCAAUUGUAUCACGUUCAAGGAUGCUUAUUAUAGAAGAGACAUUGCCCAUCGUGCUUUUAAAGAUACUGCUGCUGCCGAUAACAACAAAGUAUCUAUCACUUAUGCUGAUUCUGGGGUUUCUGUUGACAACGGUAACUUAUUAGUUGAAAAAAUUAAAGCUAUGGUCAAGUCCACAAGAAGACCAGGUGCUGAUUCAGACAUUGGUGGUUUUGGUGGUGUUUUUGACUUAAAGAAAGCUGGUUAUAAUACUAAUGAUACUUUAUUAGUUGCUGCCACCGAUGGUGUUGGUACUAAAUUAAUUAUUGCUCAAGAAACAGACAUUCAUAAUACAGUAGGUAUCGAUUUAGUAGCUAUGAAUGUCAAUGAUUUGGUGGUACAAGGUGCUGAACCAUUAUUAUUUUUAGAUUACUUUGCAACUGGUGCUUUAGAUAUCAAAGUCGCUUCUGAUUUUAUCUCUGGUGUUGUCGAAGGUUGUUUACAAAGUGGCUGUGCUUUGGUAGGUGGUGAAACUUCUGAAAUGCCAGGUAUGUACCCACCAGGUCACUAUGAUACCAAUGGUACUGCCGUUGGUGCUGUUAACAAGAAUGCUAUUUUACCAAAAAUUGAUGAAAUGGAAGCUGGUAACAUAUUAUUGGGUUUAGCAUCUGAUGGUGUCCAUUCUAAUGGGUUUUCAUUGGUCAGAAAAGUUAUUAAACACGUUGGUCUUUCAUGGAACGAUCCAUGUCCAUGGGACGAGACCAAAACAUUAGGUGAAGGUAUCCUAGUACCAACCAGAAUCUACGUAAAGCAAUUAUUACCAUCUAUUAAUAAGAAUCUUUUAUUAGGUUUAGCACACAUCACCGGUGGUGGUUUAAUUGAAAACAUUCCACGUGCUCUUCCAAAGCAUUUACAAGCUAAAGUAAAUAUGUCUACCUGGGAAGUACCAGAGGUUAUGAAAUGGUUUGGUAAAGCUGGUAAUAUUCCAAUAGAUGAUAUUCUAAGAACAUUAAACAUGGGUAUUGGUAUGGUCUUAAUUGUCAAGAAAGAAAAUGUCGCAGAGGUCAAGCAAUUACUAGCUGAAGCUAAGGAGACUGUCUAUGAAAUCGGUGAAUUGGUUCCAAGACCAGAAAACCAACCUGGAUGCGUUGUUGAAAACAUUGGCAAUCUUUAUUAG